GCAGCCGGUCUCCGAGCAACCGCAAACGUUUGCCAAGACGAGACGUUCAUCACGUUGUGGAAAAUAAUCAUUAGUUUGACCAAACGUAUUCUGUUGAGAAUACGUAAUGUUUUUAGAGUAAUUCAGACGAGAUACUGAAUAAGUGACAAUCAUUUGAAUUGCUAUCAUGUUAUGUUAACAAGCGAAGGCGAAGGCGGGUUUGUGGUUUGCCGUGGAGCAGGAAAAUGAUCGUUGAAAGAUUCAAAUUGACUUGUGACAAACUUCUAUCGUACCAGCAACUCGCUUAUAGUUACUGUUACACUUGCAUCCCUCAGAAUGGCAAGGAUAUUCUCAUGUACAGCAAUGCGGACGUUGGGCAAAAGGCCUUGCUGUUCACGGGCCAUCACAGUGAAAUCACCUCCAUGACUUUUGGGAAAAAGAACUCACCUGUCCUUCUCUGUUCUGCAUCUGCCGAUUACAUUAUUGUUUGGAAUGUGGAAGUGUGCCAGAGAAGAGUGAGCCAAGGUCAAAUUGCAGCUGGGACAGUUAUCGGAAGUUUACCAGGUGAAGUGGUCCAUCUUUCCUUCUGCUUGUCUGAUGAGAGAGUGGCUGCAUGCUCUGGAGCCACUGCAUAUAUUCUCAGUUUAGAGAAAGAGGAAACAAUCUUGACAUUAACUGGCCACUUGGGACCUGUAACAUCAGCAGAGUUUUGCACGUGGGAUAAAAACAUUCUUGUCACCACGUCAGAAGACCGAACAUUCAAGGUAUGGGAUCUACAAACUGAAACUGUUUUCUACCAAUCUUUUGUACUGUCAGCUUCUCCACUGCUCAGUGUGUUCUUCAUGAAGGAAAAUGGGCACAUAAUCACUGGCUCCGCUGAUGGACAGGUUUGGUGUUUUUCUCUCCAUGCUGACUUUUCUUGUCAGCUAGUGACCAAAAUAGACCUUCACAAAAAUGAACAAAGACAUCAAGCGGGAGUGGGAGAAAAGUCGUCAGAAGUGGACAUUUCAAAACCUGUCCUCAAAAUCGUUUCUUUUGGCUCAUGUCAUGACAACAUUGAUGCAGAGAAAAGGGACGAGAGCUGGUUAUGCGUUGGAAGUACAGAUGGUCUGUAUGUAGUCAAUCUGGCUACAUCAGAGCUAGUGUCUGUUCUACAUUUCACAGACUAUCCCAAUUUGAGCAUCGCAAUGGCUGGGUCUUGGGUCUUCUCUGACACACCUAACAACUCUAUGCUGUUUUUAGUGAGCUCUUUGUUUACUCCCUGUGUGGGCCUGUUGGAGUUCUGUCUGGGUGAUGUGGAGAGAAUCCAGGCAGGGAGUCAAGGCUUUUCAAUAUUUCCAAGUUCCCCGCCACUGAUGGAGUCUCCCCUCAAUGCUGAGUUGAAGAAGAAGGAGCCCAAUCAUUUGAAGAAAAAAGGGGGGGUAAAGGAGCAGCCGCUUGUCUUCCACUCAAAGGUGAAAUCAUCUGGAUACACAAGCUCCCCGAGAAAGCUCAUAUUAUCACACCCCAAAAAUGCUCCGAAAAGUCAGUCUUCAAUGAAGACAAAUAAGAAGAAAGGUUUAUUCCUCAAAGAUUACCCAGACGACACUGCAGCACCGACAGUUCUUCGUGUCCAUCUAAGUAUUACAAACAAGCCAGUUUAUUGCCUCCAAUAUUCAGGUGAUGGAAAGCAACUCCUGUGUGGUCUUGGUGACAACUCUGUGUUUAUGUACAAGUCUUCCCUUCAUGGCAAUCCAGCUGUCUAUACAGGACACGACAAGCCAGUGAGCAGCGUGAGCUGGAGCCUAAAUAGGCAGUGCUGGUUAAGUGCAUCACAUGACCAGACUCUGCGACUUUGGACUCAUGACAUCCCAGAGCCUGCUGUUAUCAUGGGGAAAAAUAUGUUCUCUAAACCUAUCAAAGCUGCCCAGUUUUAUUACCUGGACAAGUUUUUGCUUCUUGCAUCGGGAGACUCACUCCACUUGUAUUUGUAUCAUGUGGAUGUCACACAUGAUGACAUCAAAAGAUAUCAGCAGCGAAGUUUUGUCAAACUGUCAGGUUGCUUUUCAACAUCCUCAGGAGCCGAUAUAACAGACUUGUCUGCUAUCAAUGAUUUCUUCGCCUACAUUGUUCUGGCAUGUGCUUCCAAUCGUUCCAUUCAAGUGUUUGACAUGAACAAAGGUGUAGUCGCUGCAGAGGUGCCUGAUGCUCACAGCAGAGCCGCCCACUGUAUCACACAAAACAAGGGCUCAAUGUUCAGCACACAGGCACCAGAAUCCUAUAACCUCUUCCUCACGAGCGCAGUCACAGAUGGCUUGAAGUUGUGGGACCUCCGCACACUUAGGUGUGUACGCCGUUACGACAACCAUGUGAACCGCUGCCAUUCCUGCUCUUCCGCCAUUUCCCCGUGUGGUCGAUUCGUAGCGUGCGGCUCAGAGGACAAAUGUGCUUAUGUGUAUGACAUAAGAAGCAGCAGCUACCUUCAUAAGCUCCAGAGACAUUCUGAGACGGUGCUCAGUGUGGCCUUCAACCCCGCUACUCCACAGGUAAGUGAUGAGUUGAUUGAGAGUUAACUAACCCUGUGGCACAUACACGUACAGCAACAUUGGAUGAAUGCCAAAUGAGAGUGAUACGAGUGUAUGUUGUGAUUGAUCUGAUCAUGCAUUGCAAGUUAAUGUUUAUUGUGGGAAACGGAAGGGAAUUGCCUAUUCACCAGCAGAAUUGAAUGCAUGGUAAAUUCUGUUUGAUGCUAAUCAGCAUU